AACAAACAUUAUCUAAAAGGUGAGACACCUUUUUUGUUCUUUCUGAUGUUUUUAUAACUUGAGAGUAGAAAACGUCUGUGGGAAUUAUUAUGUAUUUUCAGCUACGACAUAUUUUACUUCAAGAGAAAAACUUCAGACAUAGAAAAUUCUCUUAAUAACUGCCGAAGAAAGAUGAUGGCAAACAUUUCUGUAUGUAUUUUGCAGACAGGCAAACAAUACCGUUAUAUCCUCUACACAACAGUCUUUACCACAGUAUUUUUUCUUGGAUUAACACUAAAUUGUGCAGCUUUGUGGAUUUUCCACAAGAAAUUUGAAAUUUGGACCUCCACAGUCAUUUACAUGGUAAAUCUAGCUUUCUCAGACCUUCUCCUUACCAUAUCCUUACCUCUAAGAAUAUAUUACUUUGCUUUUCGCAAAUGGCCGUUUGGAGAUGUUAUGUGCAUGAUUCCAGCAACUCUCUUUUCAAUCAAUGUCUUCUCCAGCUCUUUUAUGAUUACUCUGAUUAGUUUGGAUCGGUAUUUGGCUAUUGUUUAUCCAAUAAGAUCACGACAUUUGCGAAGCCAGAAAGCUGCCAGAAUUACUUGUGCCAUGGUUUGGGUAUUUAUGCUCACUGUCAGCUUUCCUUUAGGGUUAGCUCAUAAAACAACAAUGGAUAAGAGGAAUGAAACUCACUGCUUUGAGUGCCACCUACAAGAUACUUGGAAGAGUGCAGUGAAUGUCUUGUUAGGGACAUCAUUUGUUGGGUUUUAUGUCCCAUUUAUUGUCACACUGUUCUGCACAGUUGCAGCCAUACGGACACUGAAAAACUGCAAAAUGGAUUCAGAUGUGGUGGACAAAUUUAAACUCAUCAAACUGUUUGCAGUUAAUAUUAUUGUCUUUGUCAUUUGUUUUGGUCCCUUUCACAGCAUCAUAAUUCCUUAUGCCAUGGAAAAGGCAGAGAUACUUCAUUCUUCUCAAGAUUUCUUGUCACAUGCUCAUAUAAUAACUUUAUGUUUAGUCAGCACUAACAGUUGCAUCGACCCAGUUAUCUAUUUUUUUGCUAUCAGUUCCUCUGGGGUAAAAUCAAAGAUGCAAAAAGAUGUGUCAGACAAGAAAGAGAUUGUUCAGAACUAAGAAAACCAGCCAAACAGUAUGGCUUAGGCUAAUAAAAUAUUUAAAAUAA